GAACUCCCGUCUUUUUCAACCCGGGAAGCCAAGGCCCACGCUCUCAUUUAGGGGACUGUGGUCCGAGGCUUGACGUUCAGACCUGUUGGUGUUGUUUGGGUCCGGGCUGAGGUGGACGGCCUCAAGUUGCGCCGCUAGCGGUUCCAGUUCUAAACCUUCUGCGCCCCUGACCGACCCCACCUGCUCCAAGCUCUGUGAGGAGAGGAGGGAACCCUUCCUGGGGUUGGGAGCACGCAAGAUCCCUGCAGAUAAACUAGGGGCGGGUAGGAUUGAUAAAUCUUAAAACCGUGGUAAGGCCCCUCCUAGGUUCUGGAGAGGAGCUAGUUAUAGUAGGACAACUUUUCUUUCUUUCUUUCUUUUUGCCCAAGGAAAACGUCUACGAGAGGAUAACGAAGGUUUAAUAAAUUGUCACUUGCUGACGUAGUUUCAGAAUGUCAAGUACAGUGUCCUACUGGAUCUUAACUUCUGCAAGGAGCUGUAUUGCUACAUUACAAGGUGGAAGACACUUAUACUCACGGUGUGUCUCCAAAAGGUAUCAAUCCACAUGGAAUCUCCUUUCCUCGGCAUCACCUGCCCUACAAAACAGUUCACCAGCUGGUACCUUCACUCUGCAAAAAGCCUACAGACACACAUCAACAGAGGAAGAGGAUUUCCACCUGCAGCUCAGCCCUGAGCAGGUAAAUGAAGUGCUUCGAGCUGGUGAGUCAGCCCACAAGAUCUUUGACUUGGACAGCAGAGUCCCAAAUUCUGUGUUGCGGUUUGAAAGCAACCAGCUAGCUGCGAAUUCCCCAGUGGAAGACCGUCGAGGAGUAGCCUCCUGCCUGCAGACCAGGGGACUGAUGUUUGGUAUCUUUGAUGGACAUGGUGGUCAUGCAUGUGCACAAGCAGUGAGUGAGAGGCUCUUCUACUAUGUGGCAGUGUCCCUGAUGUCCCACCAGACCCUGGAGCAGAUGGAGGAAGCAAUGGAAAAUAUGAAGCCUCUGUUGCCUAUCCUGCAAUGGCUCAAGCACCCAGGGGACAGUAUCUACAAGGAUGUCACCUCAGUGCAUCUUGACCACCUCCGUGUCUAUUGGCAGGAAUUGCUUGACCUGCACAUGGAAAUGGGGCUAAGCAUUGAGGAAGCAUUGAUGUACUCUUUCCAGAGACUGGAUUCUGAUAUCUCAUUGGAAGUCCAGGCUCCCUUGGAAGAUGAGGUGACAAAGAAUCUGUCACUCCAGGUUGCUUUUUCUGGGGCAACAGCUUGCCUGGCUCAUGUCGAUGGAGUUCACUUGCAUGUGGCAAAUGCUGGUGACUGCCGGGCCAUCCUUGGUGUCCAGGAGGACAAUGGCAUGUGGUCUUGUCUACCUCUUACACAUGACCACAAUGCCUGGAAUGAGGCUGAGCUCUCCCGGCUUAAGAGGGAACACCCUGAGUCUGAGGACAGGACCGUCAUCAUGGAUGACAGGUUGCUGGGUGUCCUCAUGCCCUGUAGGGCCUUUGGAGAUGUCCAGCUGAAAUGGAGUAAAGAGCUGCAGCGCAGUGUCCUAGAGAGGGGCUUUGAUACUGAGGCUCUCAACAUUUACCAGUUCACUCCUUCACACUACUAUACUCCACCCUACCUGACUGCCAAGCCUGAGAUUACGUACCAUAGGCUGAGGCCCCAGGAUAAGUUCCUCGUGCUAGCUUCAGAUGGGCUAUGGGACAUGUUAGGGAAUGAAGAUGUAGUGAGGCUGGUAGUGGGGUAUCUGUCCGAGAUAGGUCGCCAUAAGCCGGACCUGGCCCAAAGACCUACCAACCUGGGACUCAUGCAGAGUCUACUACUGCAGAGGAAAGCCAGCGGGCUCCACGCAGCUGACCGAAAUGCAGCCACACAUCUGAUCAGACAUGCCAUUGGAAGCAAUGAAUAUGGGGAAAUGGACCCAGAGAGGCUGGCAGCAAUGCUGACAUUGCCGGAGGACUUGGCAAGGAUGUACAGGGAUGAUAUGACUGUCACUGUAGUGUAUUUUAACUCAGAGACAAUUGAUGCAUAUUACAAAGGGGAUUAGGAUUGAGCUAUUGAAGCCUGACUGUUAAAAGGACAGGCAGAUAGACAUAGCUUGCUGAAUAAUUGACUAACAGGAGAGGAAAACAGAACAACCUAGGUGUAAAUGCAGUAACAGUGACUUUAUGUUCCUGUGUGUACUGGUCAACUUUUUAGUGCAGUGGAGAGGAUAUAAAGUCUGUAGAACUGGCUUGCGAUCAUAAAGCCUAAGUCUUUUAUAAAGACACUUGAACUGUGUCAUCUGGAGCUUUUAAAAGAUAAAUUUAAUCAUGAUCCUAAAAAUAAAGAACCUGAGGAUCUUCUGAGGUCCAGGAGCAAAAAUCUGAGAAUCUGAUAAUUCUGAAUUCACACUAAUGCACUUCUAGAUUAUAAAAUUUUGUUGUGCUUUAUUUUUUUUUAAUUACUAAAGCGUAGGUUUACAAAGUGUACUACAGGACACUUUUCUAUGCAACAUUUAAAACUUUUUGUGAAUAUUCUUUUUUGUGUGUGAAUAUUCUUGUGAAGACUUUCUGUAAGGUUGCAUUCUACGUCUGUUUUAGUUCAUUUAAAAACUGAAUCCUUGGGCUGGAUAUGUAGCUCAGUGGUACAGGGCUCUUGUAGCCCAUGCAAGGCCCUGGGUUUCAUCUGCAGUAUCGCAAAGACCAAUCCUCAAGUUUACAAACAGGCCUCCUAUAUGCAUGUUAGACACAACUUGUUUUUGGGCUGAGGGUGAGAAGUUCUAGGUCUCUGAACCAGUGAAUUUACUCAUGUAACAUUUGGCUCCUCCACUGAGUCCACCUAUGAAACUUUGAGCCAUGGGAGGAAGAAAUUUAUGUCUAAUUCUUAACUCUUGGCCUUUCUUACUUUUUUUCUUUUUUGGCCUUUCUUGUGUUAGUAAAAUACCUCACUCCCCACUCCAUCUUAGCCAUGGGGAGAUUUUCAUCAUUUUUUAGCCUUUCUGAUUACAUCUCUCAAACAUUUUUCUAUGACUUUCUUCUGACAUAAUCCUACCUCUGCUGUCCUAUCCAACCUUACCCUGAAGCUACACUAGUAUCUGAGUCCUUUACCUACUCCUUCAAAUGGUCAGGAAAGGGGACAGUGUGAACACAUGCGGUUAUGAUGGACGUUUAGGCAGAACAGGCUUCUUCAGCUGUUUGUGGAUUUAAAAUUCAGCCUGAGCCUGGAUAGGCGAAAACUUGAAGGGUCUAAGGGGAACAGUUAGGAGCUGAGGUUCUGUCUGCUUCCUGUGAGGCAGUGGGGAGAUGGGAGGCAUGAGACUUAACAGAUGGAACACCUACCCAUGACCGAUAAAUUGCCAUUACUGCUCCUCAGGAAUUAGACCAUAUUUAUUACAGGAGUUGAGGCAAAAAUAAAAACAUAACUUGUAACGGUUUCCAUGGGUUAUAGAGCCUUUGUAUUUACUUAAAAAUUAACCCACAUGGUUCCUUUUUGGGGGAUGAAUUUUCUUGUGAGCAGCUAUGGCAUUUGAACAACAGGAAAUGUGUCCCUAAAGGGAAACACAAAUACAAUCCUCAAACCCACAGAUUUAGUUUCAUGUGCCAAAUCAAGCAGAAUGCCUCAGUGUAAUGGAACUACGUUAGAUGAUCUUCUCUUGCUCCCUCAUGCCAUCCAUUGGAAAGAAAAAGCAAGCAACUACAUUUGGCUUCUCUAUUUUUAUCUGUUCCAGAUGAAAUUCAGUCAAGAGUUGGGAUAUGUCUAUAUUGGGGAUGCUUCUCUGUAUAUUUUUCGGUUUACUUGUUUUAGUUGUGUGGUUUCGUUUAAGAAAUUCCUGUUUUGGAGCUGGGUGUGGUGGCACAAGUCUAUAAUCCCAGCACUCUAGGAUUGAGGCUGAGGCAGGUAGAUUUCGAGU